GGUGGCCGCGCCGCCCGCGCGCGCACCCCGGAAGCCCCUGCGCGCUGCCCUCGGAGCCCCCGCGCUCCCCGGCCCGCGGCGGCCAUCUCCGGGCGGCUGCGGCGGACGGCGAGAGCCACCCCGCCAGCUGAGGCGCGGGCCCGGCUCGGGUCCUCCUUACAGCCUGGAAAAAAUGACAGAUCUUGUAGCCGUUUGGGAUGUUGCUUUAAGUGAUGGAAUCCACAAGAUUGAAUUUGAACAUGGCACCACCUCAGGCAAACGCGUUGUCUACGUAGACGGGAAGGAAGAGAUAAGGAAAGAAUGGAUGUUUAAGUUAGUGGGCAAAGAGACCUUCUGUGUCGGCGCCACCAAGACAAAAGCAACCAUCAACAUAGACGCCGUCAGCGGGUUCGCUUAUGAAUACACCCUGGAAAUCGACGGGAAAAGCCUGAAGAAGUGGCUGGAGAGCAGGUCGGAGACCACCAGCACGUGGACACUGCGCCUGGACGGGGAGGACUGCAGAGUCGUCCUGGAGAAGGACACCAUGGAUGUGUGGUGUAACGGGACAAAGAUGGAGACGGCGGGUGAGUUUGUGGACGAUGGGACCGAGACACAUUUCAGCUACGGGCACCACGACUGUUGCAUAAGGGCCGUGAGCAGUGGCAAGCGGAAGGAAGGCAUCAUUCACACUCUCAUCGUGGACAACAGAGAGAUCCCAGAGACGCUCGAGUGAGC